CAUCAUUCAUGCAUAUACAUUAACAAGUGCUGCUUGCUACUCAUAUCCUGCACUAGCCAUUCACACCAAAUCACAAAAACACAAAUUCAAAGAAAGAGAGAAGAAAAAAAUCUGCCCACAUGGCCUCCUCUGUUUGUGCUUCUUCAGCUAUUGGAGCUGUUGGCCUCUCUUCCCCCAGUUCCCAGAAGAGUGGAUCAAUUGUGGGAGCAACAAAGGCUUCUUUUUUUGGAGGAAGCAAACUAAGCCUCAGAACAUACACAGCACCGGCCAGAACACGAUCACUUACCGUUCGCGCAGCCGCAGCUGAUCCCGAAAGGCCCAUCUGGUUCCCAGGCAGCAUCCCCCCACCAUGGCUCGACGGCAGCCUCCCCGGGGACUUCGGAUUUGAUCCCCUCGGUCUUGGAUCUGACCCGGAGACAUUGAAAUGGAUGGUACAAUCGGAAAUAGUCCACUGCAGGUGGGCCAUGUUGGGCGCCGCCGGUAUCUUCAUCCCUGAGUUCCUGACAAAAAUCGGAAUUCUCAACACCCCAUCGUGGUACACUGCCGGAGAGCUCGAAUACUUCACUGACAAAACCACUCUCUUCAUUGUGGAGCUGAUUUUCAUAGGGUGGGCCGAGGGGAGGCGGUGGGCAGAUAUCCUCAAGCCAGGUUGUGUGAAUACAGACCCCAUUUUCCCCAACAACAAGCUUACGGGGACAGACGUUGGGUACCCGGGUGGGCUCUGGUUUGACCCACUUGGAUGGGGCAGUGGGUCUCCUGAGAAGGUUAAGGAAUUGAGGACGAAGGAGAUCAAGAAUGGACGGCUGGCUAUGUUGGCUGUGAUGGGUGCUUGGUUCCAAGCCAUUUAUACCGGUACUGGACCGAUUGACAACCUCUUCGCCCACCUUGCUGAUCCUGGUCAUGCCACCAUUUUCGCUGCUUUCAGCCCCAAGUGAUAAGAGCUAGAAAGUUAUCAAGAUGCUAACAAGGAUUUAUGUGAUGGAGGAACAAAACGCAAACAUAUUUGUGCAAGGAAGGAGUUAAGCUAUUGUUUCUCCAACUGUAAUAUUUGUAUGAUGAGAAUUUGCAUUACCUAUCUGUUUAUGUCUGCUGUAGAAGACCAUGCAAUGCACAAACACCUCUUUUGCUUGAA